AUGUCAAAUGAUGAUAUUCUAACCAACAUCGUGAUGGGUACUGGAGGUGCUGGGGAUGCUAAGGGGCAGCUUAGUGAUAGUCUCAAACAACAGAACAUUAUGACUGGCGAAUUACUGCAUUGGUCUGCUGGGUUAGACUCUGCAACGGUUAGACUAUCUGAGCCUCUACUCCACUGGGGAUUUGGCUCUACUUCCAAGUUCGAUGAAAUACAUUAUAGAACAGGGGUACUAGGUGAUGGCGCUCUAGGAGAUGUGUUCUCCCCUGAUGUAUUCCGUCUACUGGAAGAAGAAGCUGAUUAUAAAUCGUUACGGGACGACCUAGUCAAACUGACCAUAGGCGCGAAGUUUGAUGACGGUGUAUGCCCCUUCGGGAUAGGUGCCUGC